UUCCUCAUCCACAUUCUUGCUUUCCUCAAUUAGACAUUACCAUUUCCCGGGAAUUCAUUCAGCUUGAGCCAUUUUUUUUCCCCAGCAAAUCGGAAACAUGAUUCAGAUUUUGUAUCCACUAGUUUUCCUUGAAAUGGGUCUGAUUCUAGCCCUUGUAUUUGGAACACCCGUAAGGAGAUUAUUGAUCAUGGGGUUGGACAGAGCAAAGCAGGGGAGGAGCCCAUUGGUGGCGAAAACUGUUGCCGGAACCUUGUUUGUGGUGUUCAUCUCAAGCUUAUACAGUGUAAUGGAGAUCCAGAAACGUUCGAUGGAAACUGGUUCACUUAAUCCUACUGAUCAGGUUCUUCAGGCAUAUAAUCUGCUAGAGGCAUCACUUAUGGGAUUCUCUCUUUUCCUUGGAUUAAUAAUAGAUCGACUACACUACUAUAUCAAGGAGCUCAAACUACUGAAGAACAGUAUGGAGGAAAUUACGCAAGAACACAAGACAGGGGUUAUGCAAGAGAGAUCAUUGAAAGCUGAACAAGGAACAAAGCUGAAAGAGACAGACUCCAAACCAACAAAGCAGCUUUGAAGGGAGCAAUCAAGGAAGAAGACAUGGGUAUAUAUGUACAUGAUGGAAGCAUAAGGGUGUAAUUAAUUGAUUCUCACUAAGGCAUGAGAAUUUUAUGUUUAGUUCACUUCAAUUGACAAGAAAGAAAGAAAAAAAUUGACAUGUUAUGUUGCUUGUACUGAUGCAUGAUUUUACUCCUGACUGAAUAAUGAUUUUGUGGAUAGUAUUUGAUA